AUGUGUGGCAACCAUCAUCACCAUCACGGCCAUGACCAAAACCAUACCCAGGUUAAUGGAGAGUACUGGAGUUCCGCUGCAUCUACUGUAUUUGACAAUGAAUGGGUCGUUUCUUGUCAGAAGCAGAUUUGCGAACACCUCCAAGAGAACUUAUCCUGGUUUGGUAUAAAGGAUGGCCAAUCGGGGCAGAAGAUGAUGGACUAUGCCUGCGGCGAAGGAUACAUCUCACGAUUCUUCACAUCGUACUUCUCCAAAUGUAUCGGCGUCGACGUGGCUGCCGGGAUGGUCGAGAAGUUCAACCAAACAGCUCGUAAGGAGGGGCUGUCCGAGCACCAGAUAUACGCGGUCAAAGGUAACCUGACCGAGUCGGAAGCCACUUCAUCCAUUGCAAAGGAGGAGUUCUUCAACUUUGACCUCAUCAUCAUCGUCCACGCGCUGCAUCAUGUCGAGGAUCCGCAGACGCUGAUUAACCGGUUCGUCGAACGUCUUAGUCCCGGUGGUAUCGUGGUCGUUGCCGAUUGGGAGAAGGAAGGCAAGGGAUUUAACCCGGCGAAAAUCGACCAUCCUGCUGCGCAUACGGUGUCGCAUAGCGGUUUUACCAAGGAGGAGAUGGAUGGCCUUUUCAGCUCGGCAGGGUGCAAGGAGAGUGACUAUACAGUGUUGAAAGAGCAGAUGACCGUCCCUGAAGCUUGGGGUGGGAAGAUGACGCUUUUCUUCGCAAAGGGGAGAAAGUGA